AUGGGCGCAUGGAACAUAUUUCGAAUAAUGGGAGAUCUCUCCCACAUUCUCUCGAAAUGCAUCCUGAUCUUCGCGAUCCAUCGCAAUAGGAGCGCCGAAGGCGUGUCUAUGAUCACGCAAGUCCUCUACGGAGUCGUCUUUAUCACCAGAUACCUCGACGUGUUCACUGAGUCGUCGGCAUGGAACCUCUUCUUCAAGAUAUUCUACAUAUUCUCGUCCAUCUACAUUGUCGUCAUCAUGCGAUGGCUGUUUCCCCGGACGCGCGAAAAGGAGAUUGCCUGGAAGCUCGGAGCUGCCGUUCUCGGCGGAUCGCUGGUCCUCUCGCCCUUCGUCAUGAUGAUAUUUGAGAAAAACUGGAGCCUCGGAUGGUGGUUAUGGGAUUUCUCCGAGAUACUCGAAUCCGUCUGUGUUGUUCCGCAGCUGCUCCUUCUUCGACAGACCACCGUCCCCACCGUCAUCAACUCCGGGUACAUCCUCACCCUUGGUUCCUACCGAGCACUGUACAUCCCCAACUGGAUCUUGCGGGGCAUCGACCCGACGGACCAGGCCCCUACCGUCUCAGUCAUCUUUGGCAUCAUCCAAACCGCUUUCUACAUCGACUUCGCAUGGGUGUACUACACGCGCCAACGGGUCAAGCUUCGAGCCGGUGGUAUUGUGGAUGCUGAUGAUUUGCGAAGGGGUUGGUUGCUUAACAAGAUAUUUGGGAAGCGCUUCGAUUCGGAACCGGAUGAUGAAGAGAGCGUACCAGCUCUAGGCCGCAAUGGCAGCACCACAGCCGGCUCCCGGAGGUCGAAAUGGGGAGCUAGGGGCAUCUCUAUUAGUGCAGACGAUGGUGUCCACGAGCACGAGGCUGGCCGGAGUACCAGCGAUCUCAAUGAGGGUGUAGACCCAGAUGCUAAGAUGAAAGACCCGGACGAGCUUGCUCGGGCGCUCGAUGACGAUGAUGACGAUGACGAGGACGCACCUUUGGUUUCGUCGUCAGAUGGGCAGGUCAGUGGAGUCAACAACGGGAGUGAAUGGAGAGACAACUAG